GUUGCGAAUUUCCAAAUGGUAUUCCUACUUUUUUACCAACUGGAGCACGGAAAGAAAACACCCUUUGCUCGCUCUGUUGAAAUGUGAAUCUUGCAGACCGCUCGAGCCCAGCGCACACUCAGAGUUGCCAAGGCUACAGAGCUCCUCUUGAGCCAGCGAAACCGAAUUUCUAUUCCUAAGUUAUUUGGGCAAUUCCACCGCAAAACAUCAGUUGUGUAGCUUACCAGCUAAAUAUUUAUCAUACGGCUUGAUUUAACCGGAAUAAUGCGUCUGGAAACAUUAAGACGUUUUUUGACUCGUGGAUAUUGAUUUUUCCUCUCAGGUCUUUUUGUGAAGCGAGUCGCCAGACGCUGCUAUUGUUCAGUGAGCCUGGACACACCUUUUUGAUGUCAGCCAAGACCUCUGCUAAGUUGCCAUGACGAGUGAGGAGUGUCCCGUUCCGCUAGGGGGCGUGCCCCCGGUGGGGGCGGGGCUCUGCGAGGACUACGGCCCCGUGCAGACUGAUGAUGUCAUCGAGGAGGCGGGGGGGGCAGGCGAUGACGUCAGCAUUGGCAGUGACCUCAGCACGCUGGUGGUGCCGUUCCCUGAGCUUGCGCCCGUGGUGUUCUUCUGUCUCAAGCAGACCACGUGUCCCCGCAGCUGGUGCAUACGCAUGGUGUCCAGCCCAUAUCCUUUACUACUGCUGAGAUGA